AUGGCCGAAGAAUUCGUACCAUGCUCUUCGACAGUCCUCCAGUUCGCUCAGAUAGCCGAGUGCUAUAACUCGUCUUUCGUCUAUUACAGCGUCGAUGCUUGUACACCACCUGAUCAAAUAUCGUCGUCGUCGCUGAUUGCAACAUCAUCGUCCUCCCCAUCUUCGACCCCAUCUUCUAGUGCAGUGAGCGGACCCAAGAAGAACAACACUGGUGCUAUAGCUGGUGGUGUAGUUGGUGGCGUGUGUGGACUUGCUCUCAUCGCUGUCGCUAUCUUUUUACUUCUACGGCGUAAGAAGAAACGGGAUCAAGUGCCAGAGAUACCCUCCGACGAGCGACGAGAGGUUGGUGGAAGUGCAAUUACUGAAUUGCCACAUGAAGAUCGAAAGCAAGAGAUGGAUUCCAAGAACAUAGCACCUCAGGAAAUCGGUGCCAAGCCUAGCGUGGAAAUACCACCCGCUGAGCUGCCAGGCGACGAUGUUGCUCAGGAUUCUCAGUACAUACCUGACUCUCAGCUCACUAUCGGUGAGAAGCGCUAA